AUGAGAUUGAUCGUAACCACUCUCCUGGGAAUAUUCAUUUUGGCAGUUCAACAAGCCUACGGUAAACAAUGUACUGGCUUUUCACGCAAUGCAGAUAGGUGUCGGGCCUAUACUGCGGAUGAGGAAUACCGAUGCAUCGCGACCGAGAACGGUCUACAAGCUAUCAUGGAUUGCGUCAGCAUAGAAGGCGGCGCCGAGAAAUUCUUCUGUCGUGACGGGAGAGACGGAUUCGAGUCGACCGCUGAGAACUAUUACGAAUCUGACUAUGCAGGUCGUCGGAAUCAAUGCUUCUUUUGCGGUUUAACUGGGAUACUAAAGGCUUGUCCUAUGGACGAUCCUUGUUUUCUGGAAUGUCUAUGCGAGAAUCACGUUACAGAUGAACAUCUGACUUGUCUGGCAACGUGCUUCAACAUAAAACUUGAGUCCCCAACAUGUACAAAUGGCGGUUGUUCGUCAACCCACCGCAAGCGUCAUGCAGCAGGUACAACGGCUCGCGACAAAUGGGCGAUGAAUGACGACUCCACUAGGUGGUUCACGGCAGAUGGGCUGCGAAUCCAGAUUCACUACACUGGAUACUUCGAAGUCUAUCAAACAAAUGGUGUCAUAAAAACGUCAAGGUUUCAGCUUCCUUACCGUGAUGAGUGCGUCGGAACGAUCGCGAACAGGUGCUUUGUCUCACCCGUAUCUGACGAGAUGUUCUGCUGGCCACUAAAUGUUGGUGCAAAUUGCAAUGUACCUGCUCCGCCGACUCUCGCUCAGUUCACAAAGACAACCAAGAUUAGUGAACAGACCAAGACGCUGAAAGACGCCGAUAAAACGCCAGCUUCGGCUACCUUUGAGCAGAUAGAUGUGCCGACUCAGAAGCCAACUAAGAAACCGACAAAUGAGGGGGAUAAAAAUGGAGCUUCUUCUUGUUUUCAGGAUAACUUGUUAUUGGUUGUACUAUCUAUGCUUAACCUCUUUGUUAUAGCCUAG